AGUGGUCGGAACUCUGUUUUUCAACGGCUCUGUUGAGAAGGAUGUAAAGGCGAACGCGGAUUGGACGAUCAUGUAAGACACGUGAUGUCGAUCACAUGACGCCCUUGUAAACAUCCAGCAUGGCGGACGUGGACAGGCAGAGAUGCAUUAGCGCAUUAUUGAAAGGCAUCACGCAACGGUUUUAUUAUGGGAACUCCGACAUCACUGAGGACUUGCUUAAAAAUGAGCUUUAUGCAGAGAUGCCACAGGAGGAGUUUCACGCUUUACACGAGAAGAUGAGAGCGCUUUUAAAGUCCAUUGCAUCUGCAGAUAUGGACCAGGCGCAGCUUGAAGCUUUUCUCACAGCACAGACUCGCAAGCAGGGUGGCGGUGGAGUGAGUCCGGAGCAGGCGGCCGCUCUGUCACGCUUCUGGAAGGCCCACCGUGCACGGGUGCGAGAGAGCCUGCUGUCUCAGAGCCGCUGGGAGCCUGGCCUGAGGGGCCUGAAGUGGCGGGUGGACCUGCACAGUUCUUCCAGCAGGGGGCAGCUGACGAACAGCCCUGUGGCCCUGGUGGAAUUAGAGCUGGGUCGCACUGGUGAGAACUCGGAGUUUAUGUGCUUGGAGUUGGAUGAGCAGAAGGUCAAUUCAGUCCUGAUGAAGAUGGCGGAACUUCAAGAAAGCAUCGACCGUAUUGUGCACCACAGCUAGAGCCUUGUGCACGCGGGCGUGUUUGUGUGUUAGUGUGCGUGGGUGUCUUUUGCCAUUGUGCCAUUUUGAAACUAACACCAAUAACAACAUAAAUUGUUAUUAUGUUUUAUUUUUUAAAAGCUGUUUUUUUUCUCUCAUUGGACUUUAUGUUCUGGUUUUGGUAAUAAUAUUAAAGUAAUAAACCACACACACCAACAUGAAUAAUGCAUGCGUGUCCAAAGUCGUCUUGUUUUACAAACUCUGUUUGUAUCCUAACAGCCACCGGCAAGUCUUUACACAUGUUACAAACGUUUGUAUAUUUCAUUUUUAAGAUAAAGUUUGUAGAUAAAAACCAAAACAAAUACAUCAAAAUAGUGAGCCCACUAAUUUUAUCAUACAGUUUGACAUUCAUUUCUGUAAAAAUUGGUCAUAAUUGACUAAAAUGAUUAAAUAAAUGACUAAACACAGA